AUGGCCUUUAAUUCUUUUCCUCAUAUUUUUCGUAAUUUCUUCAUUUAUUUCAGUUAUGGCUUUCUCUUAAGCUUAUUGCUUCCCUUGUUUCUCUCUACUUAUCUAUUUAUUGUUCUUUCGUUUUUUUCUUGUAACACAAUUUCUUUCCUUUCUUUCCUUUUUAGGAUUUCGCACGUUUCUUUUCAUUUCUCUAUUUCUUUUCCUCAUUUAUUUUAUUUCUUUCAUUUUUUUCUUUCUCUUCCUUCCAUUCAAUUACUUUCUUUCUUUCUUUCUUUCUUUCUUUCUUUCUUUCUUUCUUUCUUUCUUUCUUUAUUUUUCGUUUUGGUCCUUCUGUUUCUUUCUUUCUUUCUUUCUUUCUUUCUUUCUUUCUUUCUUUCUUUCUUCUCGCCUAUUUAUUUUUCAUUUUUCUUUACUCUCGUCUAUGCCUUCUUUCUGUCUGUCUUUCUUCUUGCCUAUGUAUUUUUUCUUUCUUUAUUUCGGUUGUUCGAAUUGUCUCUUUUCUUUCUUUCUUUCUUUCUUUCUUUCUUUCUUUCUUUCUUUCUUUCUUUCCCUCAUUUCUUUUUUAAUUCCGUAUUUCUUCCUGCCCCUUCUGUUCACCGAAAUUCAUUCAUUCAUUCUUUCUUUCUUUCUUUCUUUUUUUCUUUCUUUCUUUCUCGCUUUGUCUAUUUGCCUCACUAUUUCUUUGUUCUUUCUUGCGUUCGUUUCUUUCUUUCUUUCUUUCUUUCUUCCUUCCUUCCUUCCUUCCUUCCUUCCUUCCUUUCUGUUACUUACGUUCUUUCUGUUCUACCUUUUGUUUUUUUUUCUUUCUUUUCUGCAUUUUACAUUCUUUCUUUCAUUAAGUUAUUUUUAUUUCAUUUCCUCAAUGUUUUCUUUCCUUCGGAUGAAUUACUUAUAUUCUAUAUUUGUAAAUUUGCUAUGCACUGA